GCUGAAGGGCGGCCCGGACCUUAGCAAAUUUGAGGUACUCUUUAUCAGGAAAAUAUCCGAAUUGAGAGAGAGAGAGAGAGAGAGAUUGGUUUUGCCCGAAAGCAGCUCAUAAUAUGGAACACGAACCGACCGAGCAGAAUGCCUGCUUGCCGUUGCCUAACUUACCAAUGGCUUCUUCUUAGUGGGUUCCUUGGAAGUCGCUUAAUUUGAUCACUGGCUUGGCGAAUGCUUUUGACAUCUCCGAUUUCAUAGAUAAUAAAUGGAAAGAAAUGUGGACAACUGGUAAGAAAUGAGAAUUAAAUAGGUUUGAGGGUUGGUUAAGGCAUCAAAGCCCUAUAAAUCCAGCAUCCCUCCUCAGAAUUUCUCAAGACACAUCGCUCUUCAAGUACUUCUGUAAAGUGGAAGUAUGAUGAACAUGGGCGGCAAAAAGACUCAAAAGAAGACGAUGCAAGGAGCAAGUGCUCAGCAGGUUUCUUUCUCAAAACGACGAUCUGGCCUCUUCAAGAAGGCCGGUGAACUUUGUACCAUAUGUGCUGUUGAGACCGACAAUAUCAUCUUCUCUCCUGGUGGGAAGGUGUUCUCCUGUGGUCAUCACUCUGUUGAGGAUGUAAUAAACAUGCUUGGCCACCGUGGGAAGCCAGAUGCUGUGUCAAUUCUGGAAGCAGAGGCUCACCAAGAGAGAGUCCUUUGUGACCUGAAGAAGCAAUAUUCUGAUCUGCUUGAGCAAUUGGAAGCUGAAAAGAAACGAGGGGAGAAACUAGAGCAGAUGAAGAAGGAAGGCCAGGUAAGCAGCUGGUUUGUUACUCCAAUUGAGGAACUCAGCUUUGAGGAGCUGAAGAUCCAGCAUGCUGCAAUGGCAGAACUUAGGGGAAAAGUACUCAAGAACAUGGCGGAGCGUCUGGCCCAGGGUUCUGCGCCAUCUGUUGCUGCCAACUCUGGUGGAGCUUCUGAUUUCCCAGUCUCCAAACCAAAGGCUGCACCAUAGGCCAUUAAUCUCUGUUAUUCUGAAUAAGUUGAUGGAAGAGUCUGGAUUAGCAGUAUUUUGUUAUGGGUUUUGUGAUUUAUAUGAUAUCAUCGAGUCACUCUCUUCCUCUCUGCAUCUUUAUGUAAGAUGUUGCCAGUAAUAAAACUAUGACUAUGAGAAAAAAAUAUUCAAAAUGUCUUUUGCUGUGACAA